GGAACUGUGUCACUCUUGACAUUUCACUUCUACAUGAUGAACUGGUCGUUAGCUAUCGCCGUGUGCCUGAUUGGGCAGAUAUCUGGAUUUACUGUAUUGCAAGAAACAGUAACACCAUCAUUUCUAGAUCUGCUAACAACACAAGAACCAAUGCCAUCAACCACCAUUCGUCAUCAUAAUGUCAACGAUGCAAACGAGUUCGACCAGGCUUUGUUUUUUUAUGACGCUCCGACGCAUCAACUGGCUAUGAAGCUUGGGCAUUACUGUUACCUCCAUGGCGUCACGUCAUCGCAACAGCCAUUAAUACAUACUGCAGAUGGACUUAUAAAAUUCGAAAGUAUCUUGAUGUACCUCGUAGCCGCUGGCAUGCAUACCCAAAUGACCCAUGAAGAUGCUAAGACAUUAAGUAGGGAUGUUGAACACUUUUGCGCAGGACAUGACAUACUUGUCUUGAAAAGGAUUCAUCAUAGCACUACCAAAAGUACAAUUGUGUGAAUAAAUUAGAAACAGGUUUUUCAA